AUCCACGGCUUUCUCUCUAAUGCGCUUUCUCCCUGCAACCCAACCACACACACACUCACUCACACAGUCGGGCAAGCCAAGCGCAUAAGCACAACAAGCUUAACGAAAAUAGAACGAAAUAAUAGAAAUAAAGACGGAAGUGACAACAGGACGGGCAUUGCAUAAAUAUUAGUUCGCGUGGGUUGACUUUCCGCCGCUUGCCCCGUGCUUUUCAGCGCUUUCCUCGUUUUCCACACUCCCGCCGUUUGAUUGAAUAACAAGCUAGUGGCGAAUUGGCAGUGCCAAGUGCAGUUGUCACCUUGUAUUAGCCGAAAACCAAGGGGACUUGAAAAAUGUUUUCACUUUCUCGCCACGCACUGCGGCGUACUCGAAAUUUCGCACUUGCCGCCGCCGCUUUUCCAUCUAGCCGCUGCUAUGCAGAUUCACGUCACAUCAACGACAACCCGGCUAAAAGGGAUUCCACCGGAAAAGCAAGCAUGGAGAAUAAAAGCGAAAAGGUUACGGUGAACAAGGAGGAGCUGCGCAAGCGCCUGACACCGCUGCAGUAUCAGGUUACACAGGAGGCUGGCACCGAGCGCCCAUUCACAGGCUGUUACAACAAGCACUACGAGAAGGGCGUGUACCAGUGCAUCGUGUGCCACCAGGACCUGUUCAGCUCGGACACCAAAUACGACUCCGGCUGCGGUUGGCCGGCCUUCAACGAUGUCCUCGACAAGGGCAAGGUUACGCUGCACCGUGACGCCAGCAUUCCAGGCAUGGUGCGCACUGAGGUGCGCUGCUCCCGGUGCUCCGCCCACAUGGGCCACGUCUUCGACGACGGACCGCCGCCCAAGCACCGCCGCUUCUGCAUCAACUCUGCGUCGAUCGACUUUGUGAAGAGUGCUCCGGCGCCAUCGAAGGCGGAUCCGCCGGCGGUGUCAUCAAAAAAUAAUAACCGAUCUGCCUGCUAGCCCCCAGGGAGGACAUUGCAGCUGGAUGGGAAUUGUGCCCACACUGAGCCCUAUACAGAUACCUGGAGGAAAUACCACAUUACACUGAGAUAUUCUCAGAGCAGUUAGAUUUCUAUACAAAGACACGUUUACUUUUGUCAUGACGCGAGAAAGAUAUAUAGAUAUUUUAUAGGAGUUUAUUAUGCGAAAACAAAAAACUAAGCUUGCACAAGAACGAUGCUUGAAAAUGUAUUACGGAACGAGGAGUGAGAGAUUAUUGUUGUAGAUCGGUCUAAGAUCAAAUGAUAUUUGUAUAUGCAUCUACUUUAUGUUAGCAACUUUCACCCCAAUCUACUCUUUCGGUUUCAAAUCUUUAUAAUUAGCGGUGUCACAAAAAUCGCUUUGGACUUUUAGUCUUUUAAAAACAGUCAGUAAACUGGAAUAUUUUAAAUUCAGUGUACAAUUUUAUAUUAGAUUACCAAAAGACAAUUUAAGUUAAGGCUUUAAAAUCCAUUAUGAUUUCUGUGGGACCUUUGAAAUUCUUAUUAUACUGUUGUUACCUGUUUAGGCAUUUUGUAAGACUUUAUGGAAAGAAAAUAACUACUUCUUGAUUUGGUUUUUUGGUUAUUCUUUUCUUUUGAACUGCUCACUUGGCAUUCCCAUCGAAAUGUAUUAGAAACUAAUGUAUGUUAACAAAGAUUUACACAAUUAGUAGGAGUUUACCUUGUUGAAUAUAGAUAAAUUAAGCUUACGCAAGGAAAGAAAUGAUUUAAGAGGACAAAGUGAUCUGCGUAAGAGGUUAUUAAAUUUGGUUUUCCUAUGCUUUUCGGUUAACUGUCAUACUGUCAUCAAUCUUCUCUCUUUUUUUUGGUUUUGAAUCCAUUUCGGCACCCAUAUGAGCUUAUUUCAUAUUUCCCAUUUCGAUCACUAUCGAUCCAAGGUCUUUUGGAUUUAUUUUUGGGGCCAGGGCCAUUAUUACGUGUGUGUGUGUGUCUGUGCAUAUGUUUGUAUGUUGUGUGUAGCUUGUUCGAUUAUUUAUUUAUACAUUUCAUUUUUAUUUGCUGGUGUUGUAAUUUGGUUAUUUUUAUUAUUUCGCUUACACUUUUGCUUUCGUUGCUUCCUACUCAUGCUCAAUGAUUUUGCCAAUAACAUAACCCGAUUACUACCGAAUCCAUUAUGUCCAUAUACUAUUUAGAGUGUCUUAAGCAAACCGAAUAAUGUGUAUUUUCGUAUAUUUUCUAUUUCUCUUUUUUUAACUCGCUUCCAAAAAAAAAAACACUAAAUGUACGCCUGUAAACGUUCUUUGGGGGUUUGUUUUGCUAACAACAAAAAACACAAAAAAAUAAACACUCACACGAACUCAUAAUAUUUAAAUUGUAACAUGAAACACAACACUAUAUGCAUAAAAUGCUUAAUUAACCAAAAUAUUAUGUACUACAACCUUAUGUGGAAAUGCAACUCAAAAUCACUGAAUCCAUUUUGAAUUCUGAUUCAUGUGUUUUCGCUCGAUUUACGUGAUUUCAUUUCAUUUGUCAACCGCCGCCGUCCAUUCUUUAUUCUUUCGCUCGCUCUCCGUUGCACUCUCUGCACUUUCUCUUUCUUUCUUCCGCCAUUCUUCGCCUCGUCCUCCCCCCUUUCGCUGCACUCACAUUUAUUUGCCGUUAUUUCUUCGCUCUGCCCCCUGUCUUUACACUCUCUACAAUCUCCUACGCUUUUCAUUUUCAUCCAUUUUGCAAUAUAUUUUCUUGUAAUUUGUUUACAACAAAAACGUUGAAUUAACCCUUGCAAAACGAAAAAAAAAAUACAAAAAUAUUGUAAAAAAUGUGAAACAAAACUGCGCUACAACAAACAAACAACAAAAACCGAAACGUAUGCAAAUCUAAUCCCACAAAAUCGCAAAAUGCAAAU